GUUUGUUGUUAAACUCAAAAAGAAAAGACUCAUAUAAUAAUAUAGUUUGAGUUUGUAGACAAGUUGUUGUAAUGUUACAAUAGCAUUUGUGGGGCUAAAAGAAGACCAAAAAAAUCUUUACUCUCUUCUCUCAUUGCACACUUUGUCACUCUUUUCACAAGCAUCUACAAGCUCUCAUAGGCCAAAGCUGCAGAUGAAGAAAAUCUAUAACAAAUUCAACAUCAACUAGAAGAGAAAAAAACAAGGCCACAAAAAAGAAUCAAACCCUUUAUAGUGGAUGUCAUAAUCAAGAAUUUUGAAGCAUAAACUUUAAAUCAAGUGGCAUCAAAUUGCACAUUAGAGAAAAAUAUCAAUAGAAGCAUUGUUUUGAAAAUUCUAAGGUAGAGAAACUAAUGGGAAUGAAGAGUACUGGUGGAGAAAUAGUUCAAGUUCAAGGAGGUCACAUUGUUAGAGCAACUGGCAGAAAAGAUAGACAUAGCAAGGUAUACACUGCGAAAGGACCUCGCGAUCGGCGCGUUCGAUUAUCAGCGCAUACCGCGAUACAGUUCUACGAUGUUCAAGAUCGGCUCGGGUACGAUAGGCCGAGUAAAGCUGUUGAUUGGCUUAUCAAGAAGGCUAAGUCUGCUAUUGAUAAGCUUGAUGAGCUUCCUCCAUGGAAUCCAAUUCAGAAUGCAGCACAGGAGUUUCAAGAGGAAGAGAAUAAUAACAAUAAUGGUUUAGAAUCAAGUGAAAUGGUUGUUGCUGCAGAAAAUUCAGAAUCUUCUGGUUACAAUUUGCAGCAGAAUAACCAUCAGCAUAGCCAUAAUCAUUCAGGGUUCAUUCAAUCAAGUAUUGAUAAUGAUGCUAUAGCGUUUUUUCCGACGAGUUCGGUUGGUGAUUCGAUGAAUUUUCAGAGCUAUUCUUCUGAUAUAAUCUCAAGAACAAACAACUCAACACAGGAUCUUGGUCUUUCUCUUCAUUCAUUCCAAGACAAUUCAGGUUCUAAUGAUCAAACACUUUUUUCUGGUUCAACUCAUGUUGGAUUUGAUGGUAAUUAUCAUAGGAUUGUGAAUUGGAACAAUGAUCAUCAUGGAACAGAAACUGAUAUGAAUAUGAACAUGAAUAUGAAUAGAACAGGUUUCAUGGUUAAUAAUUCGCCUGCGCCGUUUCUAGGCCAAGGUUCGGCCUUUUCCGCCCAUAGGGGGACCCUUCAGUCCAGUUUUUCGCCUUCGCUUCGUCCUUGGAAUGAUAUUCCAAUGGCGGAUUCGUCCGUGGAUCAUCAUAAUAACAAAUCUCAGCAACCAAUUCACCAUGGUUCGAUCUUUGGUAGCAGGUUUUUGUCUGAUGCUUUGACAGGUUUCGGUAUUCCUGCUAGAAUUCAAGGAGAAGAUGGAGUUGGUUCGGACCAGCCAUCAUCUUCUUCUAAUUCUCAUCACUAACCAGAAACAUCAACUGCAUAAUGCUGCAAUCUUUCUAUCAGGGGCAUUGUGUACUAGAUAUGAAAACAUGGGAAGAUUAUGAAGGACAGAAUGUUUGUCUGGUUGGGUUCAAGUUUUUUGUAACUUUAUUUAUUUUCUGUUAUUGCAACCAUUGACAUUGGUGUUUUUUAAGCAACUGAAAGUGUGUUUACUACUGGUUUUGAUUCACUGCUGCUAGAUAUACUUAAGCAUUAUGUAUUAUUUGAUGAUACUUUGCUCAAUUAAUAUAUGGAUUUCAGCAGGAUUUUGUUUUGA